AUGAAGUGUUGUGGUAAAUAUAGUGGGUGCCUCAGACAAAUUGAAAAUAGGCAACAAAGUGGAAUCGGUGAAACAGAUAAGGUUUUGCAAGCAAAAAAUUUGUAUUAUGAAAAUGAGAAAAAACAUUUUACUUUGGAUCACUGUUGGGCAAUCUUGAAACAUGGCAUUAAGUGGGAAGAUUUGGGAUCCUCCAAAAAGCUAAAGUCUCCUGCAAUGACCCCAUAUUCCUCUUCCGCAUCCCAAAUUCCCAAGACGUCCAUUUCUCUCGAUUCCGAUCAAGAUCCAAUCGAAAAAUCUGUUAACUCUCCAAGAACCAAAAGGCCUAGUGGAAGGAAAGCUGGAAAAGAAGCAUGUAGGAAAAGCAAGAUAGCAGAUACUUCAGACUCUCGUUUUUGUGAUUUGAUGGAAAAAUUUAACGAAAAUACAACUGAGGGUAGAAUGAAGAAGUUUGAAAUAGAAGAAAGAAAAGUUAAAGUAAUGGAGCAAAUGUAUCAAAUGGAGCAAGAAGAGAAAGAAGCCAAGGAAAAAGAAAGAGACGAUAAGAUUAUGAUGAUAGACCUUUCCAACAUGGACCCUCAAGCAAAAGUUUAUUACCAGCUGCGCAAGAAUGAGAUUCUUGCCAAACUACAAGCACGCUCAACAAAUUUUGAUUAUUAUGUUCCUCUUCCCCCAUCUCCACCAUGA